AUGACUGCAAUAUUACGUAAAGCUGAUCUGUAUUUCUUGUGUAGUAUUUGCCUCGUUGCUUACUUACCUAAUUGUAGAGAGUGGCACAGUAUCAUUGAAUAUAUAUAUAUAUAUAUAUACUAGACAUAAGACAGCUUUCGAUGGGAUUAUAUUCAGCUGCGUAUUGUUAUAUGCCACACACUUCUACUGCUAGCUCUUUGAAAGCUGGCAUUUAGACGGAGUACACGAAUAACCAACCGUAUUUGGACUCAUCAUGUCUAAGUUAUCAUUGACAGAGUAUCUGACUUCAAGUCCCGAGGUACCGGAUAUUUAUGAGCGGGCUACACGAACAGAGUUUCUUAGUCUCGCCGGCCAAGGACGACUACCUUCUGAAUUGCUCAGCCAAUGGCUAUCACAGGACCGGCUCUAUGUCCAGGCUUACAUCCGAUUUGCGGGAGGGCUGAUAUCUCGGGUGAAUCUAUCAGCAAGGAUAGACGGCGAGGAUGCCUCGAAGGCUAUGCACUGGCGCAUCCUUUCAUUGCUACAGACCGCCCUUGCGGGCGUCAUGAGGGAACUGCAGUUUUUCGAGGAAGCCACCAAGAAAUACGGGCUGGACCUCGACACCCUAGGUCCAAUGGCGGUAGGCUUUGCGCCUAACAAAGUGACGCAAGAUUAUAUCGACCUGUUUGACUCUUUCACCGCGCAGCCCCAAGGUAACCCAUCCAGGACGCUCCUAGACGGGCUGGUCGUCCUCUGGACAACGGAGAAAGUCUACCUGGACGCUUGGACGUAUGCAAAGCAGCAGCAGCAGGUUGCGGAUGAAGAAGAAGACACUGCCAGUGAUCUUGACGGUGGGGCGCUGAGAAAGGAGUUCAUCCCUAACUGGACCUCUGAACAAUUUCAAGCAUUCGUGAAGGAGUGUGAGGAUUGUCUGAAUGCGUACGCUGCUAUUCAGGUUGUGGAUACGGAGGAAGUUGGUGCUGCGACUGCUAUGUCGCUCUUCAAGAAGGUUUUGGUUUUGGAGGAGUCAUUUUGGCCGAUGGUUGCUUGAGGAUGAUCAGGUUGUUGCCCCUUUUCUGGUAUACUAGGUGUAGAUAGUUAGACAUGAUAUUGCUUUAACAGAAGAAUUGGGUAAAGGGUAUCUACUAUCUAACUAAUUGAAUAAUUUGAGUUAAUUGAUCUUAUUGAAGGUUUGUUAGCAUCAAGGCUAACGCCCCCACAUUGUGGAAUUGGAG